GCCCAAUUUGGCCUUUGCAAGAGGUCUUGUCAACCAUCUUGAAAGUGUCUCAAGUUGAUAUUGAUCUUCAACUCCUUGUGAUCCUCGGCCUUGCUAGAAGUAACCCUUGCUUUUGCCUUGAGGAUUCUUUUUACGUUCCCUUAAAUAUGAUACGAGUUCAUCGUAAACAGU